AUGCUUGAUUUAUUGCGACUUCAAGCAGUACCUUUGGAAGCCCUUUCUUUGCGGCGAUACGCUGAUGAUAAUGAGCUCGCCCGAGUCUCUAUGAUAAAUAUCAAGCAGACAUACGGAGUUCCCAUCUUAGUUGCACAUCGUGCUGAUCUCCAAAGAGUAUUGAAAGAUGGAGCUGAAGACUUUGGUGCCCGAAUUCAAACGAGAUCGUACGUCGAAAAUAUUGAUUUCGAGAAUGCUCGAAUCAUGAUCAAAGGUUGCUCGAAAUGGUUGCAAAGUGACGUGGUGAUAGCAGCAGAUGGUAUUAAGUCAACUAUUCGGAAAAAAAUGUUGGCACUCAAUGGUCAGGUGGACCAAGUUAGAGAGACAGGUGAUGCUGCAUGGAGAGCGAUUAUUUCUGCUGAAAAGAUACAUGCUACCAAAGACGCUAGUUUGAUUGAGGCGUUGAAUAAUCCUGUUGUACUUCGCUGGAUGGGACCUAACGGACACAUCAUGAGUUAUCCUAUUAGAAAUCAUCAUUUUCUUAACUUGGUUCUACUUCAUCCUGACAAAAUAGGUACUAAAGAAUCAUGGACCACGAAGGGCAAUAAAAAAGAAAUCGUUGAAUUUUAUAAAAACUGGAACAUUCGUGUCAAAAAAUUACUCGACUUAAUACUAGAGAGAGAAAUUUUGGAAUGGAAAUUAUGUGAUCACAUAUCAUUACCUACGUGGACCAAAAGUAAAGUAGCAUUAAUGGGAGAUGCGGCUCAUCCUAUGCUUCCUUACGUUGGCCAAGGUGCUGCUCAAGCUGUUGAAGAUGGAGCCGUUCUGGGUGCUUGUCUCGCUAUGAUUAGUAGUACAGAAGAAAUUAAUCCAGCACUAAAGGGCACGGAUACGCAAAUGCAAACAAUUGAAAUGUGGGAACACCUUAUGAAGUUAGUUACAAGUGGCCAAGACUUUGAAUCACCGUUCAGCACAAAACGUCUACCAUGGCUACAAAAACUUAAGUGA